AUGCAAGAACCUAAAAAAGUUGUCUGCAUUGAUAACAAGUAUUCCAAAAUUAACGGUUUUGGAUAUGGGGAAUUGUCCAUUACUCCAGUGCCUGCCCCAGGGACUUUUAAGACUUUCCAAUCUUCAAGAGCUAUGGAAUGGGCAAGGGUGCAAAGUGCGAUGUUUGAACUGAGGUUCUUGGAGGUCAGUCGCUGUGACUCGUUGCAGUCAUUCCCUUGUGAUUUCAAGACUCUAGGAUAUUGGAAGAAAGGGGAGGAGGAGAUCAAAAAGGAAGAGAAAGAGGAAGAGGAAGAUAUCAAAAAGGAAGAGACUAAAGAGGAAGAGGUCAAAAAAGAAGAGGAAGACAAGUGA